AUGAACGGCCUCAACCAGAUCAUCUCCUCCCUGCAGGACCCCAAGGCGAUGAAGAUUGUGGUCGAGACCUUGGCCUUCCAGCACCUAGACCUCGACGUGACCAUCCCACGGACGGCUAUCUUCCGCGACGCCAUCGUCGACCUGCUUGUGGUCGAGCUGGGCGCGCGCUACAGCAAGAAGGCCCGGGAGGGUUGGAGCAUCAUGCUCAACUACACCGGCGGUGCUUACAUCUACACGAGGACAAAGUUCGCCGACCGCCUCAGGAUCUUGGCCUCCAGCUGGGCCACGGCGAACAAUAAGAAGGAGGACGAGAUCUUCGAGAUGGCGGCCCGCGGCGGCGAGGAGAACGAGGAGAAGGAGGGCGACGGGAAGGAUAACGAGGCCGAUGGAGCGCAGAACGCAGAGAUGCAGGACGACCUGAACAUGAAGCAAAUGGCUGGCAACGACAAGGAUUUACCGGCUACCAAGAAGAAGAAGGGCAGCAACGCGAAGUCCAGGUGGGGCUUCGGCGCCAAGGCGGGGGGCAACAACGGAGGGGGCCACGAGGUCGCCAAGGCAAUGGAGGAGUCCGAUGGCAGCAGCUUCAGGAACACCUCCGUGCCCACCACCUACAACGAGAUGUUCUUCUUCAAUGCCGCGGUCAUGGGCUUCGGGCAGAGCUCUUGGAUGAACGAGGUCCUGGCCUCCUUCGAUACUAUCGUCACGAACGUGGCCAAUUCCUACCGACUGCAGGAGGAGUGCGACGUGUUGUCGCUGCGCAUCGCGAAGUAUAGAGGCACGAUCAACCUCUCCGAGUACAAGGCGGUGAUGCUGGCCUCCCUGCGCUCGCUGGUCCCGAAGGACUGGAACUCCCUGCACGAGACGGCGUGGUCGUGGCUGUGGGAAAACGUCGAGAGGAUGCUCAAAUCGCAGAUGGGCAAACCGAGCUUGCAGGAGAAGGCCCUGGAGAAGCUCUGGGCAGGCCUGGACGAGCAGGGCCAGGCGUUCGUCCGCCGCGAGGUCUACGCCAAAUUCUUCAUGCUGGCCCCCGCGGGGCAGGACUACUUCAAACAGUCGACCACCCGCCUGCACUUCAUCGCCGACCGCAUUGUGUCCAUGACGCUCGAGAUCUACAAAGACCCCAAGAAGAUGGUGGAGGACAUUUCCGCGCUCGGCCUGCGGCACGUCGGCUACGGCAUCCCCACCGACCUGUUUGGGUCCUUCGUCACGGCCUGCGUGCAGGUCGUGCGCACCCUCACGGACGACGACAUUGCCGAGGAGGCCUUCAGGUGGUCGUUGAGCCUCAUUUCGCGCAUCCUGACGCGCGUAAUCACGGAGGGCUCCACGAUUGUGAUGAAGGCCAUCAACACAAAUUCCGGGAAGGCUCUGAAGAAGGCGGUCGCCUGCGCGCCACGCGGCAAGCGGGCGCUGUGGAUGCUCAACAUCCAGGUCGGCACGCAGUCCAUAUCCCCAUUCAUGUGGGCGAUCGAGACGGGCAGCCUGGAGGCGGCGAAGGCGAUUAUCACGGACCUCCUGACGAUCAGGGCCGACCGCGACCGCUACUACUACGGCAUGGACACCCUGUUCGAGCGCCACCCAGAUGUGGUGAAGAGGAUCUGCGCGGAGGCCCCCGCGCUGCUGACAACGCUGCUGGACGGUCUGGUGUGGCGGUCGAGGACCACGGAGAACGGGCAGAGGCGGGUGAAUUACUACGUGAAGCACCUGCUGGUCGACAGCGAGGGGGGAUUCGCGAAGGCGAUCGAGUGGGUGACAGAGAACGGCGACCCGAAGAUCGUAAGCCACCCGGUGCUCUCCAUGGUGACGGACGUCGUCUGGGGUCGGAUCGCCUUCAGGACCUUCUUGCUCGGAAAGGUGUGGCUGCUCAUGACGCUGGUGGUGUUCGUUAUCGGCACCUCCGCGCUGAAGCACACCACGUAUGCGACCACCACCGAUGCCGUUCGCUACCUCAUCGCUGGCUGCCGCUGCUUCAUCUACUUGUUCAGCAUGGGCCAGUGGCUGUACUAUCACGCGAAGCACACCGCCAAGGACGUCAAGACCAGGAACUUUGUGCGCGUCGGAAUACUGCCACUUCCAGAGUACCUCACCGGCUUCCAGGAUGCAUGCAGCUUUAUCCUCAUGAUCGGUCUGACUUCGAUGCUCGCCACGGAGCCUGUCAUCCAUUGCAUGCCCCAUAAAGAUGAGAACUUCGAGGGCAACGGCUUAUUCACCGAGUUGUGCCCCCAGGCGGACACCCUGCGGAAGGCGUACAGUUGCAUGGCUGCUUUGGCCACCAUCAUGUACUUUGCGCUCACCAUCGAUCUUUCGGUCUUCAGCACCCGCUUUUCCGCCUUCGUGCUGGUCAUCUUCCGCGUGCUCGCGGAGGUCGGCCUUUUCCUGGCUGGGCUUGUCGCCGUCCUGUUCACCUUCAGCUGCGCCGUGAGCGCACUCGAUCACCAGCACAAUGAUUUCGAGGGCAUCCACAAGGCAGCCCUCUCGAUGAUGCAAAUCACCUUCGGGAUGUACAACACCACGGAGUACGAGCUCAUGGGCGACGAACAAGCUUUGCUGACCGCAAUCGUCCUAUACAUCAUCGUCACUGUCGUGUUCUUCUCGAACCUGCUGAUCGCGCAGCUGAACUGCGCAUACCAGUCCACAUACCAGGACAUGGUGGGGUACGCGCGCCUGAACCGAGGAAAGGUGGUCACCGAAGCCAUGUCCUUCGUGUCGGAGCAGCGCUGGGCGAAGUUCUUGGCGGCCCUUCGGCUGGAGGAGCGCUGCGAGUUCGGGGAGGGCGACAUCGGGCUAGCGGGCGGCAUCCAGGUCCUGGAGCCCGCCAGCGCAAACAUCACCACGGUGGGGGCACGGUGGCGGAUGAUCCGCCGCUUCGGGGGGUCCACGUCGCCGCUUGCGCAGUGGCCAGAGGACGACGCCAUCGGCGAGGACGAGGACGACCGCAUGGAGCGCAUGGAAAAGCUGAUCGACAAGGCGAUGAAGCGCAUGACGAGCAGCAAGGGCGGCAAGAAGAGGGGCGGCUCCAGCAGCGGCCAGAACGGCAGCUCCAUGAACCAGACCACCAUGUCCGACGAAUCGGACGACCACAACGACAGCGACGAUCACGACUGA